AUGGCAACGGACGCCGGGUCCUGGACUAGGCGGGAGGCGCCUGGCCCAGCUGCCACCACCGCGGCUUCGAUGGAGAGCUGUGCCGACGCGCCUGAGACCGAGGAGUGCUGGAGGAUCAUCGAGAACCUCGAGUCCACUAUUGAACAAUUCCAGUUCAGCCCCAGAUUUAACAUUUCAGAUGAUUUGAAGGUUGGCUUUUUCAGCACAGACCAUGCUACUCAAACGGAUUCCAGUGAGAUUUUGCCAUUAAAAGAGUUGAGUUCAUCUACACAAAAGCUAGUGCAGAUUAUUAAAUCUCUUCAGGUGGAUUUUGGGUUCCUCAAACAAUUGAUUCCACUGAAGUUUGAGGACCGUCUUAGAGAGGAAUCUUGCAGACUUUUCACUUCUCUACAUGACAGGAUCCUGACAAUCGAAAAACGUUACCAACAGAAUGAGGAUACCUUAAGAAAAUGCUACAAUCAGCAGCUGGCCGAUGCCAUAGCUACUAUCAAAGGAAUGUACCAGAAAUUCUUUGAGGUGGAAGAAGAGAAGACACCUGUGCAUGACGCAAUGACUGUCAAAAUGAAUAUUUUGUUAAAAAAACUGAAGGAGAAAGAAGAACUCAUUAAGGAAUUAAGAGAAGAACUGGACCAGUGUGAAGAAUUUGGAUCUCAAAAAGUUGACUCUUUUAUCAAAGACGACAGCCCUCUAAGAACAGCUCUGGAAAAGGAAAAUUUGGAGUACAAAGUGGAAAAUGAGAGACUGCUUCAAGUCAUUUCAGAACUCGAAGAAGACAUCCGACUCAAUCUAAAAGAAAAUUCAUUAUUAGAAGAUGAAAUUAUAAGUCUGAAAGAGAUGGCAGAAAAGGAUCAUAAAACCAUUCAAAAGCUAGUCAAUGGCAGAGACAAAUUACUAUGUGAGCUUGAGUUUGAAAAAUCAUUAGUGCAAGAAAUGGUUAAUAAACAGAAAGCGGACCUUGAAAUGACAAGAAAGUUGGAUGCCAUAGUCGCCAAGAGCCCCAGAGCCAUCAAGGAGAAAGAAACCACCUUGUCCCCGUGGCCCUCACAGCCCGGGAGUGCAGGCGCUCCGAGGCCACGUUCUUCCUUCACCGUUUCAUUGCCUUCUAAGGCCAAAAGAGUCAAGAGUCCAAAGAAGGCUUCAAAGGAAGAGCAUCCUACGAUUGAAGAAGAGAAACAUGGUUUGGAAGAGCAAAUACAAAUGUUAAAGGCUAAGUUAGAGAAAGAGAAAAAGAAGUCGGAGAGGGUUAAGAAGGAAUCAGAUCAGAUCAACAAAAACUGGGAAAAGAAAUUCUUCAUUCUCAGGAACAGCUUUCACGUCCUUAAGAACGAGAUGUUUACUAGACACACAUUGUCCCGUCAGUUUGGAGUGCUGACUGACACAUCCUUCAAUUAUGUUAAAGCUAAACCUUUAUUUGUGCAAUCCAAAGUGAAAUUGAUAACAGCAUCGACAUCUUCUGCAAAUGUUUAUCAUGCAUCUUCGUGAGGCUGCCAGAAACCCUGGAGGAAGAGUCUUUGGAGAAGCCGUCGAUGCCCCAGAACACCCCAGUCAACGAUACGGAUGCCCCUGAGUAGGCGCCGGACACUGGGCUGCGCAGAGCGGGACCCCAGGAAGAGGGCCCUCCCCAUCCUGGCGUAAGGACUGCCUCCCUGACAAGGGACGCCAUCUCCAAGGCGUUUCUAACAUAACUGUUCCGUCUCUCCACAUGUCGCACACGCUCUGGAGUACCGCGCUUGAAGAGAAGGCCAAGUGCGCGCUCUGUGCGCCCCUUUCCAAGCUCGGAAGGAAACCCCGCUUGCUGGCGCCUGGUGAGCGGGGCGCACAGACCCCGAGCCGCCGCCAAAUCCAUCCCGGCGCUUCCUGGGCUCAGCGGGGUGCCCCAGCGCC